AUGCAUCUCCUGAAUCUACAAGUCGGUGUUGUCGACUUCACUCCCUACGCACCAAUCUUCCACGCACUCUACGCCUCCUCCCGCGUUGUUCUUCCCGGUCUCUCCCGUAGCCCCUCCCUCUUCAUUUACCCUCAUCGCAAUGCCCGUGGACUCACCGCACCCUCAGAAGCUCUUCCCGCAAGUCCCUUGCGUCUAGAACAUCUCAUCUCGCGUCUCCAAGUUUCUUACCAACUCACCACCAAGGCCAAAUUUGCUGAGGCUGUAGAGAAAUUCCGUUCAAUCAUGCUUUCCGUGCCACUCCUUGUGUUGGAGAAUAAUAAGGAAGAGGCUGAAGCAAAGGAUUUGAUCACGAUUUGCAAGGAGUAUAUUAUUGGCCUGCAGAUGGAGAUGACGAGAAAGACGCUACCGAAGGAUACUGACGAGGAAAAGGUCCGUAACGUGGAGCUGGCCUGCUACUUCACUCACAUGAAUCUCCAACUCCCUCACCUCGUGUUGACCCUCCGCACUGCUGUGAAUCUUCUCUUCAAACUCAAAAACUUCCGUACUGCUGCUUUAAUGGCCCGACGUCUCCUUGACUUGGCUGCUGAGCCCGCAGUUGCCGAGCAAACUCGAAAGAUCCUUCGUGUCUGCGACGCCAAUCCAACUGACGCUUUCGAGUUGACCUACGAUCCACGCAAUCCCUUUGAAGUUUGCCCGGCCUCAUACACGCCAAUCUAUCGUGGAGAAGAAUGUGUGCGGGAGCCUCUUACCGGAGCUGCUUACAAGCCCGAGUUCAAGGGCCAACUCUGUCGUGUUACUAAGGCAACGGAGAUUGGGCUUAUGACCAGGGGAAUGUGUCUUCAAAUGCCUAAGUCGCGUUGA